AUGAUCUUCGUAUUAGAACCUGAAAAUGCUGUGGUCACUUCGCCAGGCCUGACCCCGGCCAAUCUCGAUACUCAGAUAUUCAAUGAGAAUUCCGAUCCAUUUUAUCAAGACGGAUUAUUCACCUUAACUCUGACCGAAGGAGCCAACAUCAUCAAUCCUACACCUGCAGUCGAGUCGGCUCCUCCCACUACAAUGUCUUUAGCCAGUCAAGCAGCAGUGACUAUCACACCGACCUCGAGUGAUGGUAGCUCCAUAUCAGCAAGUAAAGAAGUGAUGAUCACUCGUCCUGCCAAUCCUACUCUUCCAACCACUCAAUCCAUAUUCACUUCCACUCUCUCAUCAACAUCAGAACAAGGCGGUGAUAAAAAUGACAACAUCUCUACGACAUACGACCAUACCACUUUAAUAGUCGUAUUCGUCUUAUUGGGUUUAUCAGCUCUGGCAGUAGGGUUAUGGUAUUUCCGUCGAUCUCGCACGCGUAAGAUGAUUUCUAAUGGAUUAGCAGAUCUGGAAGCAUCAGUACAAGAGAAGAGAUUGUCUACUGUCUCGAGGAUGACCAAUAGACGAAGUUGGGUAAAGUUAAAUGAGGAAAUUGAACAGAUCGAAAAUGAAAAAUCAAACAAUUCCCCUUCGAUGUCAUUACCUUAUCCUCCUUCUACCAAUCAUCAAAAUCAAAUCCGAACUGAGCAACAGGAUCGAUAUGAUAACCAAGUAUAUGACUACAAUAAUGAUGAUCAGACUCGAUCGAUAGGAAACGAUUUAACUUCCUCGUCGUAUACUUUGAAUAAAAGAAAUUCAACUAUCAAUCAUUUCCCCGCUCCACCUUCUAACAUACCGCAAUUACCACCUCUUCCACCUACGCCUCAGCCCCAAGAGAGCGAUAAUAUCUUUGAAUCUGCCGAAGUUGAAGUCGAAUCAGACGUGGAAGUUCGAAUUCCGACACGAUACGAGCCCGAAAUUGGAGUGGCCACAACGACGAGCCUACCAGCUUCUUCCAGUCGAUCGGCAGUGGCCGCAGAUGCUUAUCCAGGUAGGACAUUGACAGGCUCAGGAAGGGAGAUAUCCAAGUUGAACGAGGGAGAUGGGCCAGAUUUUAGUCAAAGUCAAGAAAAUUCGCCAAGAAGACAAUCCCUACCGUAUGUUCUUCCUAUACAAGAGGCAGAACGUACUCCGACAUUCAUUUCACUUAGUCAGAUGAACCAUGAGAGAAAAUCACCGGAUUAUAGGAGUCCUACUGAAUCUCUUUAUGUGAUUUACAAGGAUAAAUAA